ACCCCCCGAAUAAGUCUGAAAUCUUCUUGGAUCUCAGUCUUUUCUUCUUCAGUCUCUUCCCUUUCCCUCCCAUCUGAGCAAUAAACAUCAACCAGGCAUUCUCUCUGCCCCACAACCAUGAGGCUCGCAUUCUUCAUGCUUCUGGUCAUACUGACCCGUUCGGCAAACAGCCGGUCCAUCCGAGGAGGUUCCGAUCCGAUUUCCGACGGAACGGCUCGGACCAACGGGACAUCCUCGGUCCUCGGCCUCGCCACAACGACCGUGACGUGCGAGCCAACUUACGGGUUCUUGCCGUGCACGACGGAGCUGUGGGGCGAGCUGUUCCUCAUCGUGGUGUACGAGUACUUGCUGGCUCUUGCGGGCAAGUACUUGUCGUCGGGGUCGGAGCUCUUCUUUCGCAUGUUUGGGACUGGAAUCUUUGGGGCCUCUUUGUUCCAAAUGCUUGGGACCUUCCCUCAAGUCAUCAUAAUGCUUGUGAGUGCAUUAUCAUCCAGCUCGGAUACAAUUGAGUCGAUGGCGACAAUGAUGAUGGCCAUGCUCGCUGGGUCGGCAAUCUUCAGUCUCUCGCUGGUUUGGGGCUCCGUCAUCGCUUUUGGUAGUCGUGAUUUUUCCAGCUCUUCAUCAUCUUCGACAUCGGCCAAUCAAUCCACCAAAAAGUCGAUUAGCCUAACAGGUUCGGGUGUUGAAACCGACACAGAGACUAAGCACAUAGCCAGAAUCAUGUUUGUUUCCAUGAUUCCAUUUCUCAUUCUUCAAUUGGCAAAAAUCAUUAAUUCCACUACCGGGACACGAAUAGUGGUCUUGAUCAGUCUCAUAAUUACGCUCAUCUUCCUCAUCACUUACUGCACUUAUCAGGUAUUUCAGCCAUGGAUUCAAACGAAGAGGCUUGAAUAUAUCACGCGAUUAUAUGCAGGAGAGAGCAUACUACAGAGUCUUCUUACCAUCGAUGGCAAGCCGAGUGAAAUUCAUAUCAAAGACCUCUUUCAAAAGAUCGACCAGAACAACAACUUGCAGGUAUCGAAAACCGAACUGUAUGCAUUCAUGCUGGGAAUACAGAUCGAAGAGGCCGGUUUGAGCACGGAUGAUUUCACUGACGCCGUGAUGAAGCAGUUCGACAUAUCCCUUGAUGCAGCAAUAAGCGAAUCUGAGUUCGUGCAAGGGAUUUCCAAAUGGUUGGAUGAGGACACGAUUUGGACAACUAUUGGUCUUGCUCAAGGUCAGUCGUCAUCAUCGGCAUCUUCGAAAAAGACGAGUAACAAAUCGCAGGGGACAUCAGAUGAGCAAGCGAGCUUGCUAUCUCAAGACAGCACAAGCAAACCCACAAGCAAAUUAGCUGUCUGGUGGAACUACACAAAAGCCGGUUUCUUGAUAAUCCUAGGAACCGGCGUGAUGAUGCUGAUCGGACAACCCCUCAUGGAAAGCAUCGAAGAAUUCGCAACCGCCGCGGAUAUCCCCUCGUUCUUCGUCUCCUACAUACUGAUCCCCUUGGCCAUGAGCUACCGGCAAAUUCUCGGAGCAAUUAGUUCUGCGAAAAAGAAGACGCAGAAGGACAUUUCCGGGGCAUUCACAGAGGUUUACAAUGGGGUGUUCAUGAACAACGUGAUGGGACUAGCCAUAUUCUUGGCCCUCGUAUACAUCAAGGACAUAACGUGGGACGUCUCGGCCGAAGUCCUGGUCGUGCUUCUGAUCUGCACUUUCAUGGGGGUCAUCACAAGCGCCUGCACCAAGUUUCAGUUCUGGACGUGUAUUCUCGCAUAUGCUCUCUACCCACUGUCUCUUCUGUUUCUUUACAUUCUCACCAGUGUUUUAGGCUGGUCUUAGGUCUAUUUUCGCCUCAUCGUGAAACGAUAUAUACAUAUAGCAAGAAUAAUUUCUCCGUCGCGCAAAUGUAAUCCGAUUUAUGUACGAGGGUGGAGAUGAUGAGGUCUAUUAAGUAUCGGCUCCUUAAACUUUGUCGGAAAUUUUCCAAGGCAGUGAGUUUCAAGGAAAA